AUGCCUUUCCGACCCCAACACUCGUUAGUCAUGAUUGACGUCGACAAAAUGCAUACCAUCGACACUCGUUCCGUCGAGGACCUCUUUGGAAUGUGGUCAGUUUUUAACAAAAUCUCAGACGCAAUGGAGGAUGGCAAGCGACUAGAAAAUCUCAGUUGGCGUCUAUGGAAUCGCGAGACAUUCGUGUGUUCUCGCAUGCCGCGUGCGCGAAAGAACAUUCCUCUGCCCGCCCUUUCGAGCAGCGUAUCGUCGUCGGAAGAGUCGGACGAAGAAGAUGUGUCGUCAUUGCUGCCUUCCCCCGUUGUGAGACCCGAAUUGAGAAGGAGCGAGUCCUCGGAGCACCGCAGCCGUGGCCGCCAACAGAACCACAUCACGCCCAUCGACCUCGAGAAGAUGGUCAUCUCCAUCAAGGAAAAGAAGAGUCUUGAACCGCUAUCUGCACUAUCCAUGCCUUCGCCUACUAUGCCCAGCCCGCCGUCUUCCGAUGACCACCAAACACCUACCGCCACGAAAUCAACCACAUCUGCACCGGCACUUUCACCUGCGCCCGCAGCUGCAUCUGCAUUAGUCUCCGAAAAGCCUGUUGCCACUCCCAUCCCUACCAUCGCCGCACCUAGUCAUCUGGAAUCGUCCACCUCCACCGUUAGUAGCACCGACUCCCAGGCCAUUGCAUCGUCUUCCGAAAGUUCGUCCACCGAAAUGAGCACCCACAAUAUUGUACGAGGCUUCAGACCUGAGGUGCCUUCAUCCUACCGCUCGCAAACAAACCUUGCCGCAACCCAACCGACACCCAUUCUCAAGACCUCGCCUCAAUAUCGUCCGGACCGCCUCAACCGCCCAAAGAAGGGUGCAACCUUCACCCUCGGUGCUUCGUCUGGCGAAGAGGAGAGCUCUCUUGACAGCCAUAUGGGACGCAACAGUGUCGGCUCGUUAUCGACCGGUAUGCCGCAGCCGCCAAAAAAGCAUGCAUCAUUCAGGGACAUCAUCCAAGACAGGGCCAUCACUGAUAGUCCCGUGUUUGAAGAGUCUGAUGACGAGGAUGACGAUGAUGCUUUCGAGAGUGUUAUCGAGGAGGACGAAGACUCGUCCGACUGGGAAGAUGAUGAUGUUGGCGAGAGUGGUAACUCUUCAGCAGACGAAAACAAGAGCAUGUUCCGUCGGGUGGACUCGCAGCCCAACCUUACCUCACGUCGCUCUAUGCUAACAACCAUGAUGCACGAACCGGAUCGCGCCCGCGCUAUGGCAAGCGCUGCAUCGCGCUCUACNCCUGCUCUUCGACGUUCGCGUGGUGCUUCACCUAACGGACCCUCGGCCACUCCAUCACCACACCGUCGGGAGGUUGAGCGUGCUGGCCCGGACUUCACCUCGCAUCCUUCGCAACUCUCUCAGCAAGCUCAAGAUACUUCAGAAUCCUCGCAACCACGACCAAUCAUCAUGACUACCUCGAACACACAUCAACCUGCUCUUUCACCACGAACCACCAGACGCAACAUGCUUUCCACUGAGUUGACAGAGUCGCUGCGCAAAAACCUUCUCUGGGAACGCCAGCACAAGAGCUCCAACAACCUAGCCGCCAUGAAGCGUAGACACACCUCUCACGACAUCAAAAAUCUCAAACAGCAUCCUGAGCCACAGAUGGUCAUGUCGGUCAAGGAGAACGAUAAGAAGAAGUUCUCCAACGAAUACUUCAACCAAGGACUUCAGGAAUACCACGCCAAAGGCUGGUAA